AUGGGUAGCCUUCCAACCCACCACCCCAACACGAUCCUCCAACUCAUUCUCCCUACCCACGGUUCCCCCAGGUCGUAACCUUCGACACUUUCAAUCCACCCGUCAUCGUACGCCUCGACCACCACCUCUCCUACCUUCGGAUUCGCUGUCUGUCGAUUCUUCGAGUUGGAAGAAGCGUUCCCUUGUGACGGAUCACGAAAGAUGGGCCGGCGAACAAGAUGGUCUCACCACAUUUAUGCUCUCACCCUUCACCUUUGAUUUCUACUCUCCUACCGCUUCUCCCACAAGUCCGAGAACGCCACGCCAACACAACAGCAGUGCGCCUAGCUCCCCUAUCCUCGCGAUGACCUCAACAACCCGAACGCAGGCCCAUAACGCCCAAACAGAGAAGCAACUCGCCGCCGUUCCCUCAGCAGAACAUUCUGAAGAUUACAAUCGUCUUCUCCUUACCGAGACGUCUCUUCGUUCCCUUCACGUUCUGGGUUAUACCUCCCUAAAUACCCCCCGAUCUUCCUCCACCUCAACUGCCUCCUCGCCAGCUCCAAGUUCUCGCACCGCUUCCCCCAAUCACUUCAAGACUUCAAGCCCAAAAAGUGGAAGAUGUCCUUCACCUUCUCUCAACAAGAUUCCAGCUGACGGUAUGGACCCACUGGACGUCUUCUUCGGUCUCUCAUCCGCCGCCGAAGCGAAAGCUUUUCGAUCGGGCUUGAUCGGUUUGGGGAUUGAGAUUGGCGUCAAAGGUGGUUGGGAAGGGGUCGAGGAUCUCGAACCUUUAUUGACUUCGACCGUAAAGGACGUACAAGAAGUGCAGCCUCAAGAGGUCAUCACACCGAUUUACGUAGCGAAAAAGUCUAAACCGGACUCCAAGCGAGCGAUGCGAAAGUCCAAGAGCGUCAAGGAGCGUUUGAAGCAUCUGUUCGUGGCGAGCUCGUCUAUCCCCCUAUACGAGCAGUGCGAUUGA